AUGAUAAAAAAAGAAGGUGACGUACAAGACACGGUUGAAGUAGAAGUAACUCAACCAGAGAAUGACGCAUCAGAAGAAGCUAAAGCUACCAAAGACGUUACCCCUGUCCCAUUUCCACACCUUGUGAGAAAGCCCAGGAAGAAGAUGGAACUUGACCCAAAAAUGGAUCCUAGACCACCUCCUCCGGACACACCAGAGCCUGAGCCCCAGAGAGAGGAGCCAGCACUAGAGGAGCCAGCAGCUAAAGCUGGCCAGGCAGUCCAGCCACCGAAGCAUAGAGCAGAGGAGCCUAGAGUUGAGGAGCCGGCAGUUGUGCCUGAGCCGAGUGCCAAAAGAGCCGCAGAGCCAGCCAGUCAGACAUCGGAGGAGCACCAAGCCGACCCAGCCUCACAUCCUUCUGGAUCCGUCAUCGUUUACUAG